AUAAUUUGAUCUUAUUUUUCUCUUUGUAUUUCAAAUUUUCUGUAGUGGAGUUUGCUUUUACUCCUUAUAUUUUAUCCAAUAUCGUGGAAUAACUGCAGAGUAGAUUUUUCAUUUUUUGUCAAUUCACGUAUUUCUUUUCCCAUUUGGUUUAUCCUUCCACUUUUCUGUUUGUGUUCGUGUUUUUAUCUUGGGUUUUUAGAGCCAAAUUUUUAGGUUUUCGGAUUGGAAAAGUUGAAUUUGUGAAGAGGGAAGAAGGUGGCUGGUGCUUCUUGUUUCCAGAAGAAGAGAUCUUUUCUGCAGAGAAUCAGACGUAUGUCGAGUUGUUCGUAUUUCAAAAUCGAACACAUAAUGGCUGAGGUUGACAUUUCUGCUUUAAAAGACUUACUUUGUGCUCAACAACAGCUUCUCCAGAAGCUUUACAAUGAGUUGGAUGCAGAAAGAGAAGCCUCCUCGACUGCAGCCAGUGAAGCCUUAUCUGUGAUAUUGCGUUUGCAAGGAGAAAAGGCUGCAGUAAAAAUGGAAGCCGAGCAAUAUAAAAGAUUGGCAGAGGAGAAAAUGUCUCACGCAGAAGAAUCUUUAGCAAUAUUUGAAGAUGUUGUAUAUCAGAAAGAAAUGGAGGUGGCUGAUUUAGAUUAUGAACUUCGAGCCUGUAAAUUUAAAUUAUUAAACAUGGGUUGUAUUGAUCCCUGUGUUGGUGAGAUUAAGUUUCCCGAAAAUCUAAAGCUAAGAAAUGAAACUCUGGCUGGAGACACGAUUCUUCAGAGCGUUGGAAGGAGAAAUUCCGUGCCUCUCUCUCUCAAAUACUCUCACCCAAAAAAUGGUAUUGUUGAUAGAGACGGUUCUAAGUAUUCUAUUCCUAAGAUUGUCGAGGAAAACAGAGAACAGGAAUUAAAUGGCCAGGCCUCGUAUAAUGAAAGAAAGACCGAUAAUUCCACAAUCGGUAAUAUUAACUCUUACUGGGAACAGAUCAGAAAAUUAGACGAGCAAGUGAAAGAAAUAGCUGGAGUUAACUUUGGAAACUUCCGAAAUGAGACACGCUCUCCUUCGCCACUUUCUUCACAGUUAAGCUCUGGCGAUCCAUAUGAUCCUGCUAACUUACGGCCCAAGACACGAUCUCCUUCACCACAGUUAAGCACUAGCAAUCUAUUUGACCUGGAAAGAGUAGCCAUUGUCAAUGAAGUUAGUCAAACUAAAUCUCCUGGGAAUUCAUCGGAAAUUGGUUCAAGUAUGGGUUCUCCUCGUUCCUUGAAUGUCCAUGACGUUUUUGAAGUCCCCCCAGUUUAUCAGAAUCAUAAAACUUGUGAAUUGCAGACUACAGAUGAAAAAAAGAUAGCUUGUCAAGGUAACGAGAGUCUUGAUAAAGCAUAUUCUAUUCACCCAGAAGCUGUUAAAUUGUGUGAUAAAGAUGAACCUGAUUGGCUGGAGAAACUGCUACAAUCCAUUCACCACAAAAAUAAUCUUUCUACUAUUGACUGCCGUUUAGCUGUUGAUCGGGCCACAACCAGCAUUUCCGAAUUGAAUCAACGGAAUGGUGCAUCAGAGAUUCUUGAUGCUGAGAGACGAGCUGCAGGACAAGAAUCAACUAAUAGAAUGGAAGAACUGAAAUUGUUGAAUGAGAUCAAAGAGCAAAUACAUUCGUUACAUUCUGAGAUUAGGAAUUGGAAAAUGAAGAAGUCUACUCGGAAAGAGGAGGAGCUCUCCUUAGUUCCCCUCAUGGAGGACAUGCUUCACUUUUGGCUCUGAUCAAGCAGUUCAAAUUUUGACAACCACCCCUUCUUACAACCAAAAGUCUCCUACAUGUAAUGGAAUUGACGCUGCUUGCUGUAUAUACAGUAGAUAAUCUACCUUACCAGCAUCUGAUUUGUGUAAGAAAAAGUUUUUUCAUUUACGAUGAUUGUCAUGUAGUUGAUUACAACUCGAUUUUUGUCCCUAAUGAAAAGUGUGAUUACAUGUAUAGAUUUCUAGGUUUUGAUGCCUUAUAAAUAGGUGGACAGGAGUGUUUUCUCAUCGAGUCAUGUUUCAGCCUUUGUUCAAACAAAAGAAAAGUAAAGAGAAAUAUGUUGUAACAGUGUGCAUAAUCCAAAUUUGUAUUCUGCAUAACAAAUCUUUAAUGUUAUUGUGAACACUGUCAGUUAGCACGAGUCUACUUUCUUUUUC